GAGAGAGACACACACAGAGGAGCGCGCCGACUCAGCGCUCCAGUCCACGGCUCUCCAGCGGAGGAGCGGAGCGGAGCGCACACAGACAGACACGCUGCCGGUCUUUCGCAGUCAGUGCCUUCUGCUUUGAACACUGACGGAUCUAAACCUCACCGUCAUUCCCCUCCAAACACGGGAGAGCAGCGGCGACGCUUGGAUAUACGCACCGCUCAAGCACGGGGAUGUGGAUCAUAAAGUUCAUGUUGAUUUGGACCUGCUGCAUCGGAGUGAGCGCGGACUUCGAUGGCAGGUGGCCCAGACAGAUGGCCUCGUCCAAUGGGCUGUGUCGGUACGGCACCCGCAUCGACUGCUGCUGGGGUUGGACACGUGUCUCCUGGGGCCAGUGCCAACCUCUCUACGUCUUAACCCGCAGAAUAUUCGGGAUGAGGUGCCAACCCCAAGCGGUAUGUCAGCACGGAUGCAAACACGGAGAAUGCGUGGGACCCAACAAAUGCAAGUGUCAUCCAGGUUAUACAGGAAAAACAUGCAACCAAGAGCAGGGGUAUGUUAGCCCCCCAUUAUGGCACAGUCACCCUCCCGUUUAUGUUCCCAUGGACCACCAGCCGAUCGCGGUGCCUUCGGAGGACUUGAACGAGUGUGGCCUCAAGCCUCGGCCGUGUAAACACAGAUGCAUGAACACAUACGGGAGCUACAAAUGCUACUGCCUAAACGGCUACAUGCUGUUACCUGAUGGGAGCUGUGGAAAUGCCCGGACAUGCAGCAUGGCGAAUUGCCAGUACGGCUGUGAAGUAAUGAAAGGAGAAGUUCGCUGCCAGUGCCCUUCUCCAGGCCUACAGCUGGCCCCAGAUGGCAGGACCUGUGUAGAUGUGGAUGAAUGUGCCACAGGUCAAGCAGUUUGUCCACGUUUCCGUAAGUGCAUCAACACUUUUGGGAGUUACAUCUGCAAAUGCCAUGAUGGCUUCGACCUGCAGUACAUCAACGGGAAAUAUCAGUGUGCAGAUGUGAAUGAAUGCUCUUCGAAUCAACACCAGUGUAGUCCAUACGCCACCUGCUAUAACACACCUGGUUCAUACAAGUGCAAGUGUAAGGACGACUACAGAGGUGUGGGCCACGACUGCAAACUUAUCCCAAAAGUGGUAAUUGACCCGCCACGACCUGGAAAGACCACGCCGAGCAACAACAAUAAAGGGGGCAAUAAAAUUCCAGGGUCAGACCAGAAGAGGACCACCACAACAAUCAGACCACCUGUGACGGCUAAACGGAUCUCACCUACCACAACAACAACAACAACCACUAAAUCUCCUCCAACCAAAAAAAUCACCCCUCCAGCAAGAGUCCCAGCGACCACCACCCGAAGGCCUCUCAUCCCGACACGUAAACCCCCUGUGGUGGUAACAAUCAAACCUAAGAUCCCGUCCCGUCAGCAGCCUACCACAAAAGCCCCGGUGGUUACAGCGGUUGUUCCCUUUAUCCCAACACGCAGACCUUUCACCCCAUUUGUGACACCAGUUGAUAACAGCAUUAAAGACAUUACCCAGAAACAAAGAGGGGAUGUUCACAUACCACAUCAUGGGCAGAACAAUGUGCUGGGUAUCGAUUUAGACGUUGAACUGGGCAACACAGAAGAGGAGCUGAAGGAUGACCCAGAGACUGGACAUCUGAGCUGCUCUUUUGACCACGGUCUCUGUGCAUGGAUCCAGCACAGAGAGGGAGACCUUCACUGGGAGACAACAGCAGAUCCUUCAGGUGGGCGUUACCUGACGAUCUCAGAGGGCGGAGAGAAGCGAGGUGGGCGUGGCGCUCAGCUGAUCCUCCCCCUGACCAUGCCCUGGAACGAGGGGAACCUCUGCCUGGCCUUCAGACACAACAUGGCGGGACACCACGUGGGCAUGCUGCAGGUGUUCGUCCAGAAGGGACGGCAGCACAGUCCCGCCGUCUGGGGUCGAACGGGAGGAAACGGCUGGAGGUCGACGCAGAUCACCAUUUGGGGCAAUGGGCUAGAAAGCGUGGUUGUGAAGGGCGAGCGGCGGAGAGGCCGCAAAGGCGAAAUAGCUCUGGACGACAUGAGUCUCAAACGAGGUUCCUGUCAGGAAGAGCACAAUCUGAGGAGACUUUAACACCACCAACAGAGACUUUUAAUGCCAGCUUUACUCACGGGACUCUAGGAAGACGGACACUUUACAGAAAUGGACGUGGCUUCCUGUCAGUCCCAGUACAGUUAUGGUGCACUUCCUCUGGCCUUCCUCAAUGGCUACAAGUGCAUGUUCCAGCUCAAUACAGUCCUGCAAGGAUGACAUAUUUUUGUAGGCCAAAUCCUGGAAAUGAGUUUGCAUUUUAUUACUUCAGUUUCCAUCGUCCUGAAGUCAAUGUUUUUUUUAUUUAAUGCCUAGUUAAACUCAAGCUCAAGAUAUUUUUGCAUUUUAUUCUAAGGCAUAAAAUACAUCAGUAAAACCCUCUUGUUAUUAUUAUUUAAAGCUUUUACUUGUCUUGAAAAAGGCAGUUGCUAAUUAAACCUCAUCGCCCUGAACAGGUAAACUCAUCUACUCACUUGUCGCUUUCACAGCCUUGUGUUUUUAACGGCACUCAAACUAUUCUAACGCAAACUUUCAGGGAAAUUGUUUUUAAAUGAAGACUAAAGUGUUAUUGGAUGUGUAACGGUGGUAACGCUGAAAUCAUGCUAUCAUUGUGUGGUCUGUUUAGCUUUUUACUUCUGGUGAGUUGUGUUCAGAUUUUCAUAUAAGAAUCACAAACUUUUGUUGGUCACAGACCUUAUUUUCUACAGUAAUCCAAAAACCAAGGUGAUGCUAACUUCCAGGUUUGUCUACAAAAAUACAUUACUGCAGCUCUCUAUUGGAUGAGAUGUCUAAAAUGUCAGAAGUCUGAAAAUAUACUUUUGUAUAUUUUAAUUUUGUAGGUGUAAAAUUUGUCUCCCUCUUCUAAUGUUUGUGUCGAACUUUCAAAAAGACUUUGUCGUGCCAUUGUAAAUGCAAGUUGCCCAGUUUAACUGUUUAUUUGCCACCUGAAUGAUGAUGUCUUCAAAAUCCCUUUUUAAAUUCAGCCCACGUGCUUUGUUAACCAGCUAAUCUGAGUGACGAACUAUUUUUGGUGUAUCAUUGUUAAUGUAUUCAUACAUGUGUGUAUAUAUAUAAAUAUAUUUCAAAUAUGCUUUGUAGGUGCAUAUAUAUGUGAAUUCUUCAUCGUAUAAGUGAUGCAGGACAAUGUUUACAUCACACAACCAAGUUUUGAGUAUUUUAUUGACAUUUAUUGUUAAGUACAAACCAGUAAACUGUUCUGAAUUUUACUUAUUAAUGGCUGUAUCAGCCAUUCUGUAUGAUCACCACAACCAUGGUUACCCUUUAAGACUGCGUGUUGAAUAUGAAAGCUCUUGGUUUAAUAUUCAGAUCAAGCAACGAUCUCCAGACAUUAAAAGGUGUGUGAACGUAAAA